AUGGCAAGCGAUUCCAGUAGUAAAAAUAUUGAUACAAAUAAGCAUACUCAAUGGAUUGAAAAUGGCAUUGCUUAUAAUUAUAUUAAUUACCAUGAUUAUAAUGAAUUUGAGAAUAUUAAAUUUAUAAAAAGAGGAGGAUUUAGUGAUGUUUAUCGAGCUACUUGGAAAAAUUCAAAUACUGCUGUUGCACUAAAAUAUAUCGCAGAUAUUGGCAUCAAAGAUAUUGUUAACGAGAUAAGUUUAUUGGUCAAAGUCAAUAAUAUUCACGUGAAUAUUAUUCGAUUUUUUGGUAUCGCUAAAAGGCAUAAUAACGAUGAUAUGAAUUCAAGUUAUUUGUUAAUUUUUGAAUAUGCAGAUAGUGGUACAUUGGGAAAUUAUUUAAAAGAUAAUUUCAAUAAAUUAGAUUGGAAUAUGAAAUUGAAGUUUGCUAUUCAAAUUGCUGAUGCGGUCUCAUGUAUACAUGAUAAAGAUAUUAUUCAUCGUGAUUUACAUUCAGAUAAUAUAUUGGUUCAUCAAAAUACGCUUAGAUUAGCAGAUUUUGGACUUUCACGUAGAGUGGCUGAAGUAUCAACUCAAAAAGAAAUUUUUGGAAAAAUAGCUUACAUUGAUCCACAAUAUUGUCAACCGAAAACAAAUAAAGAUACUAUUGGUUAUGAAUAUAAACCAAAUAAGAAAUCAGAUGUAUAUAGCGUUGGUGUACUCCUAUGGGAAAUAUCAUCUGGGAGAAACCCAUUUGAAUCUUAUGAUAAUGGUUAUCUAAGAAUAAGUUUGAUGUUUGAAAUCUUAAAUGGUAAAAGGGAAAUUCCAAUCCCUGGUACACCGAAUGAUUAUAUUAACAUUUAUACAAGUAUGACUUUUAUUAUUUGUAUAUAA